AGGUUCACUAGUCUUAACAAUAUUGUGCGAACUACCUAUCCAACCUAUUGGCCCAACGUCAUCAUGUCCAUUGUCUUUACAGUUCUCUUUGCAGGAACUGCCGUCGGCCUCGGACGUGGAUCCAACCUUGCAAUCAUGAGUCAAGCCGCCUGUUUUAUCUUGCCCAUCGUGGCUCUUCUCUGGCUCCGGGUCCGAAAGGAAAUGAAAGCCAGGGCUCGGAAGAGAUUCAAACACCAGUCUCAGAAACUUCUCCGUGGAUGGACAGCGCACGACUUUGUCGCACAUGCCAUCCAAUGGAAAAUACGUGUGCGCCCCAAAAGCGUAGCUCUGCCUUGGUACAAUCCAACCACAUCCUCCACCAAUCCUGAUCCUGGCAUUACUGCUCAAGUGAACAUGACAGAAACAAGCACAGGGACAAGAUCAGGAGUUGUACCGCAACAGGAUCAUACAAGGGGAAUUGAUCUCUCAACCCGAGGUGUAAUCGAUCCACCACACCGGAGUUUAGAGAACGUUGUGGUUAAUGUUGAAGCACCUUCAGCCCCAGUAGGACAAAGAUCUCGCAAUGAAGCAAAUACUAAUACUAGAGCUAGCACUGAUAACAACAAUCAAGAUAAUAACAUCAAUAAUGACCACGGACCUGAAGAGGAGGGCAGUGAGGGCACAGCUGGCGGCUUACAAAGCUCUUCAACAUCAUCACAACCGAUAUCAGAUAUACCCAACGAAGUCGUGACAUCUAGAACCAUAUCAACAUCAACGAUCGCACCAGCAGCAACCUCACUGUCUAGAAGACCAUCUAUAGCAGCUACUAGGAGAGUCGUCGAGGAUGUCUAUAGUGUAUUAAGGCAUUCAAACACUAAUCCUACUUCAACGCCAACACCGCCAUCAUCGUCUUCUCCUUCACUUCCACCGACAUCUUUACCAUCACCAUCACCAUCACCAACACCCCUACCAUCUUCAUCUGAGCAUCCUAAUACUCUACAGAGACAAACCUCUUCGCUCCAUCCCUCCAUAUCUGACGAUUUCUCACCGCCGCCAUCAACACCUUCUAAAUGGGAACCCCUGUUGGAUUUACUUCGUGAUCUACAUUGUUGUGCAUUCUUAUUCAACGAACCAAGAGUUUGGAUGAUUGAAAUCUCGAUUAGAGAAGGUGUUUUGGAUGAGUAUUCGUUCCCAGUCCCCACACCUGCCUAUUGUGAUUAUCGUUUGCCUGGAUACGAUGAUGUCAUUGCGGCAGCAGCUUCACCUUCACCUUCUUCGUCAACGCCACCAUCAUCUCUUUCUAAUAAUAUCCAGGCACGUUUUUUCAGCUCUCCCCCACCAGCAUACGAAAGCGAUCCUGAGAAUGAAUCCGAUAUUGGAGAAGAGGAGGAGGAUGGCGGUAAUGAUGACCAUCAUAAUAACGCCCAUAAUCGUAAUCAUAAUCAUAAUCAUAAUCAUAAUAAUCAUAAUGGGCAAGUCGAGAUCCAUGUAGGGCCCACGAGAUCAACCGUUCCUACUAUAGUAACAACAGGAACAUCAUCAGCAACGGUAGCAGCAGCAGCAGCAGCAGUAAGAGAUUUGGUGACAGUACUAGAUGCCAGUAAUCCAGAUACCAUAGCGACAACAACAACAACAACAACAACAGCAGCAGCAGCAGCAAGAGGAAGAAAUACACAUUUUCAACAACCUGUAGAGAUGACAGCCAUCAUAAUCUCAUCCGCCCCAGCUCAUCUCAAUACAUAUGUGAUGAGACCUCUUGGUGAUAUAAGGACUUCCACUGAUACGACCACGACAACAAUCUCUUCGGUCUUAUCUAACGACAGUAUAUUUUCCUUUGAAGAUACAGAAGGAGAGAUGAAAACAAAAUAGUUCUCCCCUCCCUCCCUUCUUCUUUCUUGUUUAUAAUACAUUAUACAUAACACAGCUUUGUAAAUAAAAUAUACUCG